AUGAGCCCCUCAACACCUAGACAUCUUUCGACUUUGUUCGGGAUAUUGAAGCCCAAAAAGCCGCAGAAUGCCGAUCAUUGCCGGAGUGUCGCUGAAAUUCAACAAGACGAUCAGAACUCCCCAUCACCAUCGCCUCUUCCAGACAUCGAAAUCAACAAUACCCUCCGAACCCAAACAUUUCCGAACAUCUCGAGCAGGAGUCUACGCUCGAUAACCCCAGUCCACGAAACCCUCUGGCUCCAGGCAUACCGGAAUGUGAAAGAUGACCCGGAGAAGGGGAAGUAUGUCCAAAUAUAUGAGCCCCUGUUGGCGGAAUACCUCCGGAAGAAUUCCGAUACUGGCACGUUGCAUUCAGUCUCCGGUGCGCCAUCAGACGUCCAAGAAAAACGGCUAAACGACAUGAUCAGUGACGGGCUGAAGAGAAUCGAAAACUUCAAGACUGGCGUUGAAAAAUGCGAGAAGGUGAUCGGGGCCAUGAAGCCUUUGAAAACGUUCCUCGAUGGGCCUUUGAAAAAGGUUCCCUUAGCUGCGUUACCCUGGGCGGUUAUUUCCUCAACGAUUGAUCUUUUGUAUAACCCAGCUAAAGCAGGGAAAGACCUUUGCGAUGGGAUCGACUACACCACCAAUACAAUGAAGCUUCACGGCAACUGCACUAAUCAGCUCUUGUCCCUCGACUAUGCGAAAGACGGUACAUGCCUUCAGAAGUGUCGCUCUAUCCUUGAAAGGCAGGUCCUAGACAUGUAUGAAUUGCUCCUGUUUUACCAAGUAAAGAGUGUCUGCUACUUCCAUAGAGGCCAGUAUCUCAUCAUUGCGCGGGGUUUGUUGAAGCUCGAUGAUUGGGAUGGCGAUUUGGAAGACAUAAGAAAAGCAGAAACCGAUCUCCAACUGAACUCCAUUCGUUAUGAACAAAUGCGACACAAAGCGAGCGACGAGGAGGCCAAGGUCAAUGAGAAAUAUGAGAAAUUCCUCGAAAGCCUAUGCAGCGCCGAUCCACGAUCCCAGCUCAGCAGAAUCCAGGACGAAGAAGAGUUAAUCGAAGACUUGUACUCAUGGGUUUUCCAGAGGCCGGAAUACCAACAGUUCGUUGACUGGGAACAGCAAGACUCUCCGCCGAUCCUAUACCUCGGUGGGGGCCCAGGAACUGGGAAAACCAGGAUCUUGUCGGGGACAAUUAAAGCCCUUCUGGACCAGAGACUAUCUGAUGACCGCUUCCGGGCAAACAACAGUGUUGCCAUACUUCGGGGCCUGAUAUGGCUCUUGCUGCUCCAGCACCCACAACUGUUUGGCCCCAUACAAUCAAAGGCGGAGCAGAUUUCCAAGGGACAGCUGCACUUUAGUUGUUUGUGUGAUAUCCUUCACGAUAUUCUAAAAGAUGGCUCUCUGGGACAAAUCUUUUUCGUUGUGGACGGGGUGGACCGUUGCGAUGAACCGUCUAGGGAACAACUCCUCUCGUUUAUCAGUGAGGCCACACACACACUCCCGAAAGUGAAGUGGAUAAUCUCAGGCAGACCGCACGGUCUACAAUCUAUGCGAUUCGCUCAAUUUAUCGAUCUUGACGGGUACGACCGUUCCAACGAUAUCAACGUCUACAUUGAACGGAAGACCAUCCAGCUGAGAAGGAUGCUUCGGGCUCGAAAGAGCAAAUUUGAUGAAGCUUACAUCGGAUCUGUCGAGGACAGAUUGAGAGCAAAAAGAAGCAACACGUUUCUAUGCAUCUCCAUGGUUUGCAACGAGCUGCACAGAUUGUGCCAGAAAGAUAUCUUUAUUGAAUCGGUCUGGGAUGAGAUCCUAACAAAUGUUCCCCCGAAGCUGCGAGAACUUUACACCUUUUGUCUCGAACGAAGAGACAGCCAGUUGGACUCAAUCCAGAUGUCUAUAUACCGGAAAAAUGUUUUGGCAGUUACAAUGGUCGCAUUAGAGCCGUUGCCAUUCCCGGACGUCGAAGUACUGGCUGAUCUUCCCAAGAAUCGAAAUGCAGUACGACUAAUUGUCCAAGGCUGCGAGCCUUUCCUUACAAUUCGCGACGACACUGUACAUUUUGUUGAUCAAUCUGCCCGGGAUUUUCUCUUGGAACAUCCUGCACAGCUCUUCACUGGGUCUGAAGAAAUUGUCAACUCCAAAAAGACACAGCGCCUCCAUCACCAAAUUUUCCAGAGGUCCCUUGAGGAAAUGGACAAAAUCUUGAACCAAGACAUAUACAGCCUCGGCCGGCCUGGAGUUCUUUCUGACGAGAUUGUAAUUCCGGACCCCAACCCACUACGCCCAGUCCAAUACGCAUGUCGACACUGGGUGAGUCAUCUAGUCCAAAGCCAACCCAGCUCGAAUGAUAUGGAAAAUGUGCUUCAAUUCCUCGAAAGGAAUUUCUUGUGCUGGUUAGAAGCGUUGAGCCUGUUGGGAAACCUUCCGUAUAGCAUUGGACUAAUGGAUCAAUUGCAAUCACUUUCGGAGGCCCAAAAGUGCCCCGGGUUGUUGAACUUCCUGGGUGACGGAAGACGACUUAUCGUCAGCUUUCUGUCUUGUGAUUUCAAGGCGCCUCUGCAGCUGUAUGUCUCGGCGCUCGUAUUUUCCCCUGAGGAAAGCAUCGUGAGACGCAGGUUUCAAGAGGGAACCCCCCAGUGGAGCCUGAAAACACCGAAGAUGAUACAAAACACUGCAUCUGAGGACUCGGACGGCCACUCACGUUCAGUGAAAGUCGUGGAGAUUGCUCCAGACGGCUUACAGGUAGCAACCGGUGGAGAGGAUGGACUCAUAAAAUUAUGGGAUCUCCGCACUGGGAAUCUCCGAAGCAGCUUUGUCGGUCUCUCAGCAACUGUGACAUCAGUAACUUUCUCAUCCAAUUGCAAGCUAUUAGUAGCUGUAUCUAAGGGAGAUGCACUUGCAGUAUGGAAUAUCGAAGAGAGUCAGCCCACGAAGAAAUUCGAAAGAGCUCAAUAUCACGAGCUCAAUGAUGUCGAGUUUUCCCAGGAUGAUCAGUUGAUACGCGCAAAAUGUGGAGAGGACGCUCAAUUCUGGGAUGUUGAAUCAGGCUCCCGGGUUACUGAAGAUUCUACGAAGAGCGUUCAAACAACAAAUGCACGGGAUUACCUGACAGAAAGUCAAAUGCCCAUUAAUGCCUUCGAUGAGUGGGUUUUUGUUGAAGGAGAGAGAGCUCUAUUGCUCCCCCCGGAUUACAGGCCCACGCAGUGGGCUAUGCAUGAUAACACUCUUGUCAUUGGAACCAUGUCUGGUGAUGCGCACUUCAUCUGUUUCAACCAAAGGAAUGGAAUGUUUGGGGGAACACAGGCAGAAACUUGA